AUGACCACAAUAGAUACACUUGGGUAUAUUUGCUCCAUCAUAAUAAUAUUAAUCUUCCUCUUUUCCAUUGGAGUAGAUUCCAAAUGCAGUAGUGAACAACAACAAUGCAACGCAUUAGCUUCGUAUUACGUUUGGGACGGAUCGAAUCUCACAUACAUAUCCAAAUUACUUUCCUCUUCACUAUCCCAAAUCCAAAUCUACAAUCCUCAAAUCACCAAUACAGACUCUGUUCAACGCGAUUCCAGAGUCAAUGUCCCCUUCUCAUGUGCUUGCAUUGGCGAACUAGGGUUUCUAGGUCACAAGUUCGUUUACGAGGUCCAAUCGGAGGACACCUACAUAUUGAUUGCCGAAAGGAACUAUGCGAGUCUCACUACUGUUGAGAUGUUGCAGAGAUUUAACGGUUAUGAUACGAAUCGGAUUCCGGUUAAAGCGAUGGUGAAUGUUGUUGUGAAUUGUUCGUGUGGGAAUAGUCGUGUGUCGAAAGAUUAUGGGUUUUUUAUAAGUUAUCCUCUUCGUCUUGGUCAGAAUUUGUCUGCAAUUGCUGCUGAAUUCAAUCUUUCUCAACAGUUGUUGAAGGAUUUCAAUCCCAAUUCGGAUUUCAGUGGUGGGACUGGUUUGGUUUUUAUUCCUGGGAAAGAUCAAAAUGGAACUUACCCUCCAUUUAAGUCAAGCUCAAGUGGUGGAAUCACAGGUGGAUUCAUUGCUGGCAUAACUGUUGCAGGUGUUGCUGGGGCAAUGCUCUUGGCAAUUGGUUUCUAUGUUGGAUUUUACAGAAGGAAUAAGGUGGUCAAGGGUUCACUUCUCAGAGAAGCGUUUGACAGACAUGCACAUGGUCAGGGCCCUGAAAGUACUUUGGAGAAUCCUUCAAAAUCAGGACCUCUUGUUGGUGGUGUUUCCCUGGGGCUUACGGGUAUCACUGUAGACAAAUCAGUGGAGUUCUUGUAUGAAGAGCUUGCCAAGGCUACAGAUGACUUUAGCUUGGCUAAUAAGAUUGGCCAAGGUGGUUUUGGGUCUGUUUACUAUGCAGAGCUAAGAGGCGAGAAAGCUGCAAUUAAGAAGAUGGAUAUGCAGGCAUCAAAAGAAUUCCUUGCUGAGCUGAAAGUUUUAACACAUGUUCAUCACUUGAACUUGGUGCGCUUAAUAGGUUACUGUGUGGAGGGCUCAUUAUUUUUAGUCUAUGAAUUCAUUGAGAAUGGCAACUUAAGUCAACAUCUGCGUGGUUUAGGUAGGGACCCAUUGCCAUGGUCUACUAGGGUGCAAAUUGCCCUUGAUUCAGCUAGAGGACUCGAAUACAUCCAUGAGCAUACUGUCCCUGUCUAUAUUCAUCGUGAUAUUAAAUCAGCAAAUAUUUUGAUAGACAAAAACUUCCAUGCAAAGGUUGCAGAUUUUGGGCUGGCAAAACUGACCGAAGUUGGGAGUACUUCAUUGCACACCCGUCUUGUGGGUACUUUUGGAUACAUGCCUCCAGAGUAUGCUCAGUAUGGUGAUGUUUCUCCCAAGAUAGAUGUAUAUGCUUUUGGAGUUGUCCUUUAUGAACUAAUAUCUGCUAAGGAAGCCAUUGUCAAGACUAAUGAAGUUGUUACUGAAUCAACGGGACUCGUUGCUUUGUUUGAGGACACUCUUAAGCAGCCUGAUCCUAAACAAGAUUUACAAAAGCUGGUUGACCCUAGGCUUGGUGAUGACUACCCUCUUGACUCAGUCUGCAAGAUUGCCCAUCUUGCCAGAGCUUGUACACAGGAAAAUCCUCAACUGAGGCCGAGCAUGAGGUCAAUUGUGGUUGCACUAAUGACACUUUCAUCUUCAACCGAGGAUUGGGAUGUUGGAUCGUUUUAUGAAAACCAGGGUCUAGUCAAUCUAAUGUCGGGAAGGUAGCAUAUGGCCCACCAGGCUCACCUGGAUGUCUUGAUUCACCUUAUGUCUAAGACCUCAAUCAUCUGAGUCAGAACAUGUGGUAUUUGUAAAUUGUAAAUAUCUGCAACUUGGUUUUCCAGAAGCAAUUAACAUGUAAAGUCAUAUCUGGAAGGGGAAAAGAAUUAAGAGGUGAUGAUAUUGAGAUUAAAAAAAAUAAAGAGAGAGUAGAAGAUGCUAGGUCACAAUAACAUGUAAUAAAAUUUAAAAUUGUUGUUCAUGAUAAGGCCAUUGUCUUGAGAUUACAAAUUUUUUUUUUUUCUUCUGUUAUUAA